UCGACUCUCGAAUCUCUCGAUGCCGUUCGAUGCUUUUGACGAAGGUUAGAACAGUCGUUUUCUUUAGUUUUCUUCGUAGUAUGUACAUUUAUGUACAUUUGUCAGUGACUGUUGGUGAUUAUUGGUAAUUGUCCAUUGCUGUCCAUAGCAAAUCAUAGCCAUAGUUUCCAACAUGACAGACGCGAAAAGUUUAAAGGAAGCUAUCGAGCAGUAUGAAAUCCAGCUAUCGCAAGUGGACACCACAUUGUCUACAACACCGAAAGGUCCCGACAGAGACAACUUGCUCAGCCUCAAGUCUAAUAUCGAAGAACUCAUUUCCUUGACGAAAGAAAGUUUGCAAAGUUUAGAAGGAAAUGUAGACAACGAGAAGAAUCACGAUGACAAGACAGAGGAUCUAUUGGACAGAGAAUAUGCACUGUUUAAGGCAGAGUUGGAAAAAUCUUCAGAUGACAGUGAAAAUAAACAGGAUGAUCCAACUGCUGCAGCUUCUGGUAGCAUUGAAGACGAAUUAAAGGAGCUGCAGGGUAUGAAAUGUAAAGCUCCUCAUGGCAGUACUUGGGGCGGUAUCGGUUAUCACAAUGCUAUGGUAUGUUCUGUUUAUAGAGACAGUGAUGAACCGAUUAAAAAUAUUCACGAUAUUAAGGUUCGAGUGCUCUUUCUCAAUCCAACGCACAAAGAGAUGAUUCCAUGUCCAUAUUUUCUCGAUGGUAAUUGCAAGUUUUCUGAUGAAAAUUGCCAUUAUUGUCAUGGUGAAAUUGUGCCAUUUUCAAGCCUACAAGAAUACAAGGAGCCUGAUUUUCAUAGUAUCAAAGUAGGAAGCAAAGUAUUAACUAAACAAAAAAAUAAUAUGUGGCAUAGAUCCAUUGUUUUAAAAUUGCCUGAAAAUGAUGAAGAUGAAUAUAGAGUAAAAUUUGAGUCAAGUGGUAAAAUUAUAGAAGCCGCUUUACAAGAUCUCUUGCCUCUUGAUGACACAAACUUAGAAAUAUCAGAUACAUCUGAUGAUAGCGAUGAUAAUGAUGAUGACGAUGAUAAUGUUAGUAAUGUUGAUAAUAUUGAUAACGAUUCCGAACCACAUUCCUAUAUAAAUGAUCAAUUGGUUCACAAAUCUCUUUUGACAUUACAAUCUAACGAGCCUUUAGGAAAUUGGGAGAGACACACACGUGGUAUUGGCAGCAAAUUAAUGAUGCAAAUGGGUUACGUAAUUGGCACUGGUCUUGGAAAACAAAGUGAUGGUAGAAUAGAACCUGUUGAAGCUCAGGUUUUACCAGCAGGAAAAUCAUUAGAUCACUGCAUGGAAUUACGUGAAUUUGCUGGCAAUGAUAAAGAUUUGUUUUCCGCCGAACGUAAAAUGCGUAAACAACAAAAAAAAUUGGAGCAGCAAAAAGAAAGACAGUAUCAAAGAGAAAAACAAAAAGUGGAUAACAAUGUAUUUAAUUUUAUAAAUAAAGCGUUAGGUGAUAAGCCUAAAGAAAGUUCAGCUAGUAGUUCGCAAAGUAAAGAUAAACUUAGGACAGAAUCCACUAGGAACCUAAAUGUAGCAAGUUUUCAAAUUGGAGAAAACAUAAAUCGUUUAGAACGGGAAUCGUCAAAGCUCAAAGAAUCAUUAAUGAAGCAUGCCAAGGGUAGCGUACUUUAUAAUAGUAUUGCGAUAAGAUAUAACGAGAAACAAAAGGAACUCACUAACUUGAGAGCUUCCGAAAAAAAUAUUGUCGCCGAACAGAAUCAAAGGAAGACUAAAGCUAAAUUCUCUGUGUUUUGAUAUCUACAUGAGAACAUGAGAGAAAAAUAUGUUAAGUCUGCUUGUAUAUAAAGCUAAAUAUAUUGUAGUAAUACUUCUCACAUAA